UUCAAGAAUUUCACCAUUUAUUGAUGGUGGGGCAAGAAGCCUUUUUCUUAAGCUUGAAAGCUUCCAAGUUCCGAGAACUUACGAUCCACUUGACUAAAGUCGGUCAAUGGCAGAGACACACAUCAUUUUUACCCAUCUCCUUCAAGCUUCAUCUCAAAGAAGACGAAGGGGAAGGAGGAGGAAGCCAAACUUUUAGCAUCUGAAGCUACAGAUUCUAAUAAGAAUCAGAAGAGAUGGCUGUUUUUAGGCCUGGGGAGAGCAUAGGGUUCAGAGAACAGGUAGUCAUGAAAUUAUGCUCAAUAGACAUGAAGACUCACCAGUCUGCAGGAAAGUUAUAUGUUUGUGAAAAGAUUCGAAACUCAUCUGAACUUGUUUUUAGCUUCCCUGGAUCUUGGUCUGUAAGUGAUUGGUUUAUACGAAGUCCCUUUGGAGAAGUGAAGGUGGAUCUUGAGCUGUUCCCUAGUCUCAAACAUAUAGGUCUCAAUGAAAUUGCUACUGUUAAUGAAGCCUUUUUGAAUAGAUUCAGGGCAAUUUUGGCUAAUACACAAUUCAAGAAGGAGGUGAGAACAGCUGUGACAGAUGGGAAGCCAGUUGUGUUUACAGGGCACUCUCUUGGGGGGCCUAUUGCUAUACUUGCAACUAUCUGGUUCUUGGAAGUGUACAUAAGACCAGACCCCAACAAAGUGGCACCGCUUUGCGUGACUUUUGGGUCUCCUCUUGUUGGAGAUCGCAUUGUGAGCCAUGCGCUUAGGCGUGAAAACUGGUCGCGCUACUUCAUAAAUUUUGUCCUAAGAUAUGACAUUGUCCCAAGGGUAUCACUCACGCCUCUCUCAUUUGUUGAGCAGCAACUGCAGAGAAUUCUAAAUUUCUUCAACCCAAGAUCCCCAUUUUACAUGCAAGAAAAUGUGGGUGAAGCCUCAGGCUUCUAUGUAACUGUGAUGAGGAAUGCAUUAUCUGUUGUGAGCCAUGCUGCCUGUAAGAUCAUGGGAAGUACAAAUCUUUUGUUGGAUACUCUAUCGAACUUUGUUGAGCUAAGUCCUUAUACACCCUUAGGUACCUAUGUCUUCUGCACAGGAAAUGGGAAACUUGUGGCCAUAAAGAAUCCAGAUGCUGUUUUGCAGCUACUGUUCUAUACCUCUCAGUCGAACUCUGAAGCAGUUGCCCUCAAUAGCCUAAAAGAUCAUUUGAACUACAAACAUGAACUGCAAGAAUGCUUAAAAAAGCAAAGUGUAACCUGUUUAGAUGAUAAUCAUCUGGAAGCACUUCCAUUGUCGAAUGAUGUAACGGUGGAGAUUAACAUGGUCUUGAAUGACCUAGGCCUGAGCACUAGAGCAAGAUUGUGUCUCCGUGCUGCUGGAGAGUUGGAGAAGCAGAAAAAGAGUAACCAGAAAGCAAUUGACAUAAAAAUGGAAGAUAUUGAGAGAGGCCUAGGAAAACUACAAGGAUACAAAAAGAGAUGUCAACAUAAAGUGGGCUACUAUGAUGCCUUCAAGCUUUCAAAAGACAAAGAAGACUUCGAUGCUAAUGUGAAGAGGCUUGAGUUGGCAGGUAUAUGGGAUGAAAUAAUCGAAAUGCUGAAAAGAAAUGAACUCCCUGACGAAUUCGAGGGUCGGAAGGCAUGGAUUGAAAUAGGAACCAGGUACCGGCGCCUUGUUGAGCCCCUGGAUAUUGCUAAUUACUAUCGACACCUGAAGAAUGAAGAUACAGGGCCUUAUAUGGUAAGGGGCAGACCUAAGCGGUAUAAAUGCACCCAAAGAUGGCGAGAGCAUGCUGAGAGGAUGUCAAAUGAAUCCUUGGAAUCCUGUUUUUGGGCUGAGGUAGAGGAGCUCUGCAUUAAAUCUGGAAACCCAAGCAUCAGAGAGACAAUUUUGCAGUUGAAGAAAAGAGUUGAACAGCAGAUUCGAAAUGGGGAUCUAGAUGAUGAUGUGUUCUUGAAGGGUUCCACCUUUGACAAAUUGUUGAAAGAGCACUCAUUAACAAACUUGGAUCAAAAUGAUAUAUUUCGGGGAUCAUGGAGUUGAUCAUCAAGGAGACUUUGCAUGUGUAAUAAAAAAUAUUGUUAUCAUGUGCAAGCCUUGUGAUGGGUGUUCAAAUUGCCCAAUGUUGCUCCGUAACACAACUAAUAGCUUACAAUUUUGUUCA